GGCCAGGCUGGUCUCGAAUUCCUGACCUCAGGUGAUCCACCCACCUCGGCCUCCCAAAGUGCCGGGAUUACAGGCGUGAGCCACCGCACCUGGCCAACCCUAAAUUUUAAAAGAUCAGCAAUAAUUUACAGCUGAGGCUCACAGCCCUUCUGAGGGGAUGAAAAGCUAAAGGAAUCAGCAUCUGGAAGAAAGGACACGUCUCCCACCUCCUUACCAUCUAGAGGCGUCACUGCGACCGCAGCGACAGAACCAGCCACACAGCCUGACACGAAGGAAUGUGCAAAGGACGCCUUGCCGGCGAACUCGUUGAACCCCAGGUUGUUAAGGUUGGCGAACAGUGGGAAGUAGAUGAUGGAGAAGGGGAUAUCUCUGCAGAAGAGGGAGCAACACUGAGCUCCGAGCUGCCCUGGGGCUGCCGCCCAAGAUGGAGUCUUGCUCUGUCACCCAGGCUGGAGUGCGGUGGCUGGAUCUCAGCUCACUGCAACCUCCGCCUCCCGGGUUCACGCCAUUCUCCUGCCUCAGCCUCCCGAGUAACUGGGACUACAGAGCACAGAGGCUCAUCAGGAAGGACCCCCUGGCCCUGGGCCCAUCCCCGCAGCAACGGAAGGAACACCAGUUCCUCAGGUCCCAAACGCUCACACCUGCUGCCCAGCCUCCCAGGGGGCCUGAGAAGCCCACCUCGGUACAUGCCGAAGAAGCCCUCCGCCCGAGCCGUCUUCAACAGGCAGUCGAUCCUGAAAGCAGAGGCCAGAGUAGGAGUAAGGGUGCAGCAGGCCGCCCAGCCCCCUCCAUGCCCUGCUCGCGCGGGCACAUCCCAGCUGACCAGCUCCCCAGCCCCCACGCUCACGCACGCUGCCUGGAGACUGGAGGGAAAGGGGCCCCAUCCCUCCUCCAGGCGCCUCUGCCCUCCAUGCUCGCCCGCCAGCACCUACAUUCCUUUGUACAUGGCUUUCCCGUGCUGGUUCUGCAGGCGAGUCUUGGCCAAGUCGAUGGGGAACACGCAGGUCACCCCCACGAGCCCUGCUACACCUCCAUUGAUGAGUUUGGCUGUGAUGCUAGGACACGGGGAGGAGAGAAGCAGAGAGAGGGGCAGGUUAGGGCCCGGAUGCAGCCAGGAAUGGGCAGGGGCACAGACAGUGGGGAACUCCAGCCCUACAGGUGUCCAGAGACGCUCUUCAGCCUCCCUGGCCCAGGUCUGGUCCAGACGGGACAGCCGCAUUCACCAGGGCUGAGGCAUCUUGCUGCAACCCGGGAAGUCCCUGGG